GGCGGCACCCGUGGCUGAGGAGGAGGAGGCCCGAGAGCGACAUGUCCCCGGCGGCUGAGGCACAGCAGCCAGUGGCGCUGUUUUACUGAGUGCGGGGCGGCCUGGCGGCUGGCCGAGGACGAGGGUCGGCGGGGGGCUGCCCUCGCAGUGGUGGCCGCCAUGCUGGGGCCCCGGGCAGUUGAAGGAGCCGCUGUGUUGCUUCUGCGCUUGCUGCUGCCGCUGCUGCUGCCGCCAGUGAUCUGGGAGCCGGGGCUCGGCGUGGCGGGCGCCGCCGGGGCAGGGUUGCCCGAAAGCGUCAUUUGGGCGGUCAACGCGGGCGGCGAGGCGCAUGUGGACGUGCACGGGAUCCACUUCCGCAAGGACCCUUUGGAAGGCCGGGUGGGCCGAGCCUCAGACUAUGGCAUGAAACUGCCAAUCCUGCGUUCCAACCCUGAGGACCAGAUCCUGUAUCAAACAGAGCGGUACAAUGAGGAGACUUUUGGCUAUGAAGUGCCCAUUAAGGAAGAGGGGGACUAUGUGCUGGUGUUGAAAUUUGCUGAAGUCUACUUUGCACAGUCCCAGCAAAAGGUAUUUGAUGUGCGAUUAAACGGCCAUGUUGUGGUAAAGGACUUGGAUAUCUUUGAUCGCGUGGGACACAGCACGGCCCAUGAUGAAAUCAUCCCCAUGACCAUCAGGAAGGGGAAGCUGAGCGUCCAGGGGGAGGUGUCCACCUUCACGGGGAAGCUCCACAUUGAGUUUGUCAAGGGUUACUACGACAACCCCAAAGUCUGUGCACUCUACAUCAUGGCGGGGACAGUGGAUGAUGUACCAAAGCUGCAGCCUCAUCCAGGAUUGGAGAAGAAAGAAGAAGAGGAGGAAGAAGAAGAAUAUGACGAAGGGUCUAAUCUCAAAAGACAGACCAAUAAGAACCGGGUGCAGUCAGGCCCCCGCACACCCAACCCCUAUGCCUCGGACAACAGCAGCCUCAUGUUUCCCAUCCUGGUGGCCUUCGGAGUCUUCAUUCCAACCCUCUUCUGCCUCUGCCGGUUGUGAGAGCAAAUGACCAUCCUGACAGGGUGGAGGGGAGUGGGAAAGAAACCAAACAUGCUCGUUUGGGUUUCUGUAUUUUUCAUAUGGAUAACAACGUGGCAAGGAAAUACCCCAAGAAACAAAAACAAGACCUCUCCACACACUAAUUUAAAGGAGAUAAAAAAAGAGGCAGAGUGAGUAGAGGGCAGCCCUCACCCACCACCUGGUCCCAGACCCGCUUCAGUGUUAGUCCUCUCUUUGUGGCUGGCACCCAGCUGUCUCUUUCCUUUCUGGGGUACUUAGGGCAAAUGGAUCCUUCCUCUCCAAGGAUCCUCUUUGUAUACCUAGCGGAAAGGACUCUGAAAUCUGAGUAAUCAUGGUUCCUUAUUUUAGGUUAGAAAUUAACACAGGGAAAUGUGGUCUUAUUUCCUGAGAAGACCAGCACUGAGAGUUGGGUAUGUUCUGAAGUUAUGUCCAGAUAAGUAUUGAGAUGUCCUGGGAUUGAAAGAUAGAAAGUUAGGUGUAAAGCCAAAAAAGAAAAUGGAGGGGAUCCAAAAAAAGGGGG